AUGUUUGCUGUUGCUUUCUUCAUCUUGUCUUUGAUGACUUGUCACCCUGGGGUAACCAUCCAGGAGAAGGCGAACUGGAGAGUAAGUCGGGCUGCCGAGAGUUUCACCCCCACAGCAGUUAACUGCCAGCUAAGCAACUGGUCAGAGUGGACAGACUGCUUUCCAUGCCAGGACAAAAAGUACCGACACCGGAGCCUCCUGCAGCCAAACAAGUUUGGGGGAACCAUCUGCAGUGGUGACAUCUGGGAAGAAGUCAGCUGUCGCAGUCCCUCAGCUUGUCUAAGGCAAGCACAGUGUGGACAGGAUUUCCAGUGUAAGGAGACAGAUCGCUGCCUGAAACGCCACCUCGUGUGUAAUGGAGACAAGGACUGCCUUGAUGGCUCUGAUGAGGACGACUGUGAAGAUGUCAGGGUCAUGGAAAAUGACUGCAGCCAGUAUGACCCGAUUCCAGGAUCAGAGAGGGCAGCCUCUGGGUAUAAUAUCCUGACCCAGAAAGAAACUCAGAGCGUGUACGAUGCCAGGUAUUAUGGGGGCCAGUGUGAGACGGUAUACAAUGGAGAAUGGAGGGAACUGCGAUAUGAUUCCGCCUGUGAGCAUCUCUACUAUGGAGAUGAUGAAAAGUACUUCCGGAAACCCUACAACUUCCUAACGUACCACUUUGAAGCCCGAGCAGACACUAGCUUCUCCUCAGAGAUGUACGAUGAUGCAAAUGAACUUUAUUCUAAAGUAAAAGACACCACAUCUGUGGGAGGUGGGGUCACUGUUGGUGUAGACCUUGCAGACAGACCUGUAAUGGUGGACGUGGGUGUAUCUGGAUCACGUGGCAUUUCGAUCUUGAAUGAGUUAAGCAAGUAUCAAAAUAAGAAAUACAGAUUCAUGAGAAUUUUCACAAAGGUGAAGACUGCUCAUUUUAAGAUGAGGAGGAACAAUAUUAUGCUAGAUGAAGGAAUGCAGCAGUCAUUAAUGGAGCUUCCGGAGCAGUACAAUUACGGCAUGUAUGCUAAGUUCAUCAAUGACUAUGGAACCCAUUACAUAACGUCUGGAUCAAUGGGUGGCACUUAUGAGUAUAUCCUGGUGCUUGACAAAGAAAAAAUGGAUUUGUUUGGUAUUACCAGUGAAGAUAUCCAGACAUGCUUUGGAGGGUUUGUUGGCAUUGGUUAUGACUAUUCGGAUAGCGUAAACAUUGGAGGAAAUUUGUCAUAUAACUCCUGUAGAAAACAUGGAAAAGGCACACGUGAAUUCGACAGUAAGGCCAUGGCUGUGGAAGACAUCAUUUCUCAUGUGCGAGGUGGCAAUUCUGGCUGGGGUGGUGGCUUGGCACACAACAAGAGCAUCAUUUCGUAUCGUUUCUGGGGGAGAUCAUUAAAGUAUAAUCCUGCUAUUAUUGAUUUUGAGCUACAGCCUAUCCAUGAGGUGCUUCGACACAUGAACCUGGGGCCCCUGGAGGCCAAACGCCAGAACCUACGCCGGGCCUUGGAUCAGUACCUGAUGGAAUUCAAUGCCUGCCGCUGUGGGCCCUGCUUCAACAAAGGGCUGCCUAUCUUUGAGGGCACCAGCUGCAAAUGUCAGUGCCUCUAUGAUCGUCAGGGCCUUGCCUGUGAGAAAAUAGAACAAAAGGGAAUGAAGGUGGAUGGUCACUGGAGCUGCUGGAGCUCCUGGUCUGCUUGCAGCACAGGCACUCAGGAGAGGAGAAGAGAGUGCAAUAAUCCUCCACCUGAGAAUGGAGGUGCCUCCUGUCCAGGAAAAAACGUGCAGACCCAGUCUUGCUGA